CUUCCGGCUGCAGUGCCCCUCAGCCAGGCCGGGAGUCACACCAGUCGGAGCCCCCGACCCAGCACAGCCCACCUCCCUCUCAGCGUCCAUCUGUCCGGGGUGCAGCCAGUGGGCCUGACCGGCCGACCAGGGGCACCACCGUUGGAGCUUGCAGGCCACGGGUGAAGAAGAAAACCCGGCACCACUCGGCCCAGAGCAAGGAGCUGACCCUGAGUGAGGAGGCGACCAGUAGCGAGGCGACCCAGAGUGAGGAGGCGACCCUGGGCGAAGAGAUGAGCUGGAGCCAGGAGGUCACCAGGGAUGAGGAGGUGACCCAGAGCGAGGAGGUGACCAGGGAGGAAAUGGCGAAAGCUGGGCUCACCGUGACUGUCACCCACAGUAAUGAGACGCACGACCUUCAUGUUACUCUGCAGCAGGGCAGCAGUGAACCACUUGUCCAAGACCCGGCCCAGGUUGUUGAAGAGGCCACAGAGGUUCCACUGUCUUUUCAGAAACUCAUAUUUAAGCGAACAUCUCUGAAGGAAAUGGAGUCACCAUUGUCAACACUUGGAAUACAAGAUGGUUGCCAGGUCAUGUUAAUUGGGAAAAAGAACAGUCCAGAGGAAGAAGCUGAACUAAAGAAGUUGAAACAUUGGGAGAAGUCUGUGGAGAAGAUAGCUGACCAGCUGGAAGAGUUGAAUAAAGAGCUUACUGGAAUUCAGCAGGGUUUUCUGCCCAAGGAUUUGCAAGCUGAAGCUCUCUGCAAACUUGAUAGGAAAGUAAAAGCCACAAUAGAGCAAUUUAUGAAGAUCUUAGAGGAGACUGACACACUGACCCGGCCAGAAAAUUUCAAAGACAGUAGAUUGAAAAGGAAAGGCUUGGUAAAAAAGUUCAGGCAUUCCUAGCCGAGUGUGACACAGUGGAGCAGAGCAUCUGCCAGGAGACUGAGCGGCUACAGUCUACAAACUUCGCCCUGGCCAAGUGAGGUAUGGCAGAAAGAGGCGGUGUUGUCCUGAAGAAUGGCACCACCAGCUCUGCCAUCUCUGGAGCAGAAUUUACCUGAUUUCUUCAGGGCUGCCAGGGGCAACUGGCCCAUUGUCGGUUUUCCUAGUCCCACACCGAUUCUCAAUGAAAAAUAUGGUCUUUGUGAUUUUGAGUAAAGCUCCUGUUUUCUCCUUC